ACAAUCGUCUGACAAGAUGGAAGAUGAAGUUGUUGAUUCUCCGUCCGUUCUACCUAUUGAUCGUAAGACUGUACAUCAGAUUUGCUCUGGACAAGUUGUACUGAAUCUUGCGACAGCUGUCAAAGAGUUGCUUGAGAAUAGCCUGGACGCUGGUGCAACGAGCGUGGAAAUCAGACUUAAAGAAAAUGGCGCGGAAUUGGUUGAAGUCUCGGACAACGGUUGUGGAGUGGAACCACAGAAUUUCGCAGCUUUAACACUUAAACAUCAUACAUCUAAGCUUCGCGACUUUUCUGAUUUAUCUUCUGUAGAAACCUUUGGGUUCAGAGGAGAAGCGCUCAGCUCAUUGUGUGCAUUGAGCAACUUGACAAUUACUACCAAAGACAAGUCCCAGGUAGCAGGAACAAGACUGGUGUAUGAUUACAAUGGCAAAAUACAAUCACAGACAGCCUGCGCAAGACAACAAGGAACCACAGUAACACUAUGCAAUCUCUUCUCAACUUUACCUGUGCGCCAUAAAGAAUUCCUUCAUAACAUAAAGAAAGAAUUAGUCAAACUUGCACAUGUUCUUCAUGGAUACUGUAUUAUAAGUAACAGAGUCAGGAUAACAUGCACUAAUCAAGUAGAAAAAGGAAAAAAGACAACAAUAGUUUCAACACUUGGCAGUGAGCACAUCAAGGAUAAUAUUGCUUGCUUGUUUGGUCCAAAACAGGUCCAGUCAUUGAUACCAUUCAAUCAAGUCCAACCAUCAGAAGAAGAACGUAAUGAAUUCAUCAUCAACACUGAUAACCAGUCAAACCUGUUUCACAUAACUGGUUUCAUUUCCAAGGCUGAUCAUGGUAUGGGAAGAAGUUCUGCAGACAGGCAAUUCUUUUUUGUCAACAAACGACCAUGUGACCUKCUCAAAGUCUCACGUGUUGUYAAUGAAGUGUACCACAUGUACAACAGACACCAGUAUCCAUUYGUUGURCUGAAYAUUUCUCUUCAGAGAGAAACYGUUGAUGUGAAUGUAACUCCRGACAAACGAAAAGUGUUCAUGCAAGAGGAGAAAGUGUUGUUAGCAACUAUUAAAAGCUCCCUAAAAACUAUGUUUGACCCUGGGACAUCUAAUUAYGAGAUCAACCAAAAACCCUUAAACAACCUCAGCUUUCAUCMCAUAACUAAAACGAAGGAAGUGGAAAAUUGUACAUCWGUCAAACAAGAAYCGGAAAGGAUUGUCAAGAAGGUGUCUGUGGAUGCAUCUGGAAAGAGUUUUCCUCUGCUAAGCAGUUUCAAAAGGACRUAUUCUGCAAUGUCAGGAAAGGAAAAAUGCAAGAAAGAACCAAAGGCAAAACAGGCUAAGUUGACAACAUUUUGCAACUCUGUCAUAGAUUUUGGCUCCAAAUUGUUUGGAAAAUCAAGUAUUACUGCAACUAAAGUCGCUGAAAGCACAUUGGAGAUACCUACAGAAGAGGAAGCUAUUGUUUCUGAARAGRCUAGUGAUGAAAUAGUUCAACUUAAAGACGUCUCGCUCGCURCAAACACURCAGAGACAAUGUUACGCGAGAAUGAUUGUGUAGUAGAGCAAGUAGAAGAACAAGAACAAGAAGUUACAAUAAUUGAACAUCGACAUAAUGACCAAAUAAGACAGAAAACAGACGAAAGUCAAACUACAACAAGGCGAGAUUUUCGCGCAAGUUUACAACAACGCAAAGUAAUACAUGUCGACUUUAAAAUGCAAACAUUAAAGGAAUCUGCGCAUAAGAACARAAACUGCGCAAAUCAAGAAUCAAAAUCGCGCUUGUUUCGCGCCAAAAUAACACCAGAAAAUAACGCGGCUGCCGAGGAGGAGCUGACAAGGAAUAUCAGCAAGGAAUCUUUUAGUAAAAUGGACAUUUUAGGGCAAUUUAAUCUUGGGUUUAUUCUCACACGUCUUGGACAAGACAUUUUCAUCAUUGACCAACACGCUUCUGACGAAAAGUACAACUUCGAGAACCAACAAAAGAAUACAACUUUACAAACCCAGCGACUUAUUAUCCCCAAGAAACUUGAACUAACUGCAGUAAAUGAAUGUAUUCUUAUUGACAACAUUGAAAUCUUCCGUAAAAAUGGUUUUGACUUUGAGAUCAAUGACGAMGCAGAGGCAACUCRGAAGGUAAAGCUAGUGUCUGUGCCUGUGAGCAGGAACUGGACGUUUGGAGUGGAGGAUGUUGAGGAAUUGAUAUUCAUGCUUAGUGAUUGUCCAGGAGUGAUAUGUCGUCCUUCGCGUGUUCGUAAGAUGUUUGCUAGUCGAGCUUGUCGUAUGUCGACCAUGGUUGGUACAGCGUUAAGUCGUGAAGAAAUGAAAACAAUAGUUCAGCAUAUGGGACAAAUGGAGCAUCCAUGGAACUGUCCACACGGACGACCGACCAUGCGCCAUGUCAUCAACAUGAACAUGAUAUCUGGCUGCUAUAAUGAGCACUAGAGCAAGUGAAUGAACUAUUCACUCUCAGUAAUGGGAAAAUCUUGGAUGGAAAAAUAGAUUUACUCUGUUGACUUACCGUUAAUUGAUAAUCUGAAUCUGAAACACCAGGAAUUAUGGAAACGACUUAAUUAAUCAAUGCUCGCCCACCGGCAAUAGCCUCGUAGUACAAUAAUAAAUCAAAUAACUAUACAGCAUACCACUCUAUCUACAGGGUUCCUAGCUAUCAAGCGCAGCAGUUUAUUGGACUUAGCCAACUUGGUCUACUUAAAAACGCACGUAGGAUGCCAAGACCAAACAAAAUAAAAAUAAAUUGAAAAUCAAUAUUUUCAUCUUAGUUGCUUCUUUCCCAGCCCUUUUGUGUUAAUACGGAGGCCCCUAUUAAGGAAAACUCAUUAAACAUAUAUGAAAUUUUUA